GAACUUUGGAAAAGAAAAUAACUCCACAACCACCUGAGCGCGCACUUGUACUAGGCAAUAGGUUACAAUAUUACAAGCACGCGUGAAUGAAUGAUGUGCCAUCAAAGACAGCGUAAAGACCACGCUAGCGCUCUUUUAUCCUAUCAGGCACCACACCCCCUCUCCACAUACACACACGCGCGCGCGCGCGCGAGAAGUUGAAUGUCCACAUUCCGUUUGUAGUUGCACAGUGCAGUGUGUGGGGGCAGGCAGAGACACACCCAUAGAAAAGAGACCAGGAGCGGGCCGCGGGUGGUGACUAGUUAUUUUGACCGAAUGAGGAAGGCUUGUCUGCUGCGACUCCUGUAGCCUACUCACUGUUUUACACCGCGACUCUCGUGGGAUCAGUUCAGUUCACAGCCGCUAUGGGAAGCAGGACAAACUUACGGGUUGGAGCCUUGGGCGUCCGAGUGACCAUCUGUUGCUGGUCUCUUCUGUUGCUGUUUGUGCUGCCUGUGAGGACGAUACACUCAGAGGGAUGUCAGUGCCCAGGCUCCACCAUUUUGGCCCAGUUUCCAUCCUCCUCACCCGCUGAGACCUGCUGUCUGAACUAUUCUGGCUCUACGUUGGGCCGUAUUCCCUGGGCCUGGCUCAGCAACAGACCCAGACUUCAGAUCCUGGACCUGUCCCACUGUAAUAUUACUAGCUUAGACCUCCAGGAGGACACAGGGACUGCUAUCUCCACUCUCCAGGAGGUCUACCUGGGUCACAACAGACUGGAAUCCAUCCCGGGGGGCUUCAUGUCACAUUCACCCAGCCUCAGGGUGCUGGGGCUGGGCAUGAACCAGCUACGGGAAGUGCCUGAGGACUUCCUCCAGGGAUCUGACAGCCUCCAGGAGCUGGACCUCACGGGAAACCUCCUCCGCUCUCUUCCCGCCUCCGUGCUCUCCCUGCGGGGCCUGGAGAGGCUGGAGCUAGGGGACAACCCCUGGGACUGCUCCUGCACUCUAGUCGAGGGGCUGACCGACAACAACCAAAAUAACAGUCUGCAGGGCAUUGUGGGAAACAUCACCUGCGCGUCUCCUCCGAGCUUGGCGGGGUGGCUCGUGUGGUCAGUGCCUCCCGGGGACGCCUGCCGCCCCCUGGGUCUCACGGUGCUCUUCAUCCUCCUUCCCCUCGUCAUCCUCCUGGGCCUGGUCCUCUGCUGGUGCUGUGGGAGGAAGAAGAGGAGGAAGGAGCCCUCCGCUUUCGGCCCGUCCAAGAAGAAGAGCUGCCACUCCCAUCCGCCCCACCACCACCACCCGCUGUACUCCAAGCCCCUAGGCGGAGGAGCGGGUAACAUCCCCAGGGAGGGCAUUCUGAACAACCAGCUCCUCCUACGUCCCUCCUCCACCCUCCUGGGCUCCACCAGGGACAUCUACGAGGAGGUGGAGAUCAAAGUGGGCUCCGUGGAGUCUCCCCCUCCCUCUCCUCUCUCUGCUGGAUCGUCGUUCACAGAGGGGGUGUUGGCCCAGCCGGUGUCCCAGGACGAGGGCCCAGAGACGGGCCAGGACAGGCCAGCAGAGCUGGACGCAAUGAGCGUGACGGAGGUGAUGAAGGACUCUGCGGACAGGGAGAAGGCAUACAUGACCCAAUCCACCAAAUACUACAGUCUGGUACCAGGGAUGGAGCUGGACGAAUCAGAUCACAGCUCAGAUCACGCCUCAACCCACGGGUCAGAACACUCCUCAGAACACGGGUCAGAACACUCCUCAGCUCACGGGUCAGAAAACUCCUCAGCCCAAAGGUCAGAACACUCCUCAGCCCACGGGUCAAAACACUCCUCUGCCCAUGAGUCAGAACACUCCUCAGAAGUGGGGCCAGACCACAGGUCAGACCACGGACCGGACCAUGCAGCUUACGAGAGCGUUGAUCUGUCAUGACAGUGGUUUGUCUGAGGAAUUUACAAUCUAACACGAGCUGACAUCAUCCUAAAAUACUCAGGAAGGGUGUGUGUGUGUGUGUUGUCAGGAAAAAUAGAGACUUGGGACAGAGUGCACUUUGUUUCCCAGAGACUGAAUCAUCCACCCCAGUCGUGGACAGGGAAUGAUGUCACAUAAGCUUUUCAGGAAGGACGGACAUCAUCACCAUGAGUUCCUCCUCCUGUGGGAUCAGAGAAGCCCAGGCAUCUAUUCAACAAUCACACACAUGGCUUGUGUGCAAAGGACACUUCAUGCUGUUAUGUACUAGUUAGUUCCUAUUCAGUUACUCUGCAGUUACUAUGUGGUCAGUGUGUAGAUAAUAUGUUACUACUAUUCUGUUACUUGGCAGUUACUAUGUGUUUACCAUGGGGUCGCUGUAGCUCGGUGUGAUAGGCUUGCCAAACCCAAACAGGAGGUUCAUCUUCAUAGUUUCCUCUCAGGCUAAUCUGGCCUUCAGUCCUGUUCAAGCCGUUUGUGGAGAACUUUACCUGACUGUUCUUCCAGAUGAAUGGCAUCAACCUUCAGCUGUACUUCAGUUACAAUGUAAAUGAUCACCAUGAAUGUGACCAGUGAAUGAGUAAGGACUUAGUGCCAUCUCAUAACUUCAUAAUAAUGACGGAAAUAUAUUCAUGAAGAUUAUAAUUAUUAUUCAUUAAACUCAUAUAGUGCUUUUCAAUUCCCUUUAAAAACACUUUAAACAAAAAAGUCAAGUGACUUGUAAAAUAAACCAAUAAGGAAUCAUUAUGGUAUAUCCACCUGGAGAAGUGGGUCACAUUCAGGUAAAAUCUGUCACAUAUUGGAAUCAUUUUCCCUUUUGUCGGAGGGGAAAAGGCUGUUUGAAAUGUUUCAUUUUGGUUGAGCCUACCCUAUGUGGUGAGAGAGGAGGG